AUGGCAGUUCACCAGACAAACCUCCAGACAGAAUAUGUUCGCCACGUCCUUUUCUAUCUACCUCCGAUUUCUUCGGGCCACCGAGCCGCCUUGAACGCUUCACUUGAGUCAUCCACAAUGAAGAGCAUUCUUCCCGAGGAUGAGCUAGAGAGACGACGUCUCUUUGCUGAGCAAAUGAUGCGAGCCAUCGAAGCACGCAUACAAACAAAGCACUGGCAAGCCGUUAAGGGUUACUUGGUGGUCGGUCUGGAAUUCUACAAAUCUUAG